CCCUGACCAAUUCUGGGCGCGAAGUCCUUCGCUUAUUGGAUAUUUCUUCUGUCCUAUUUCUGUGGCAAUGGCAUGUCUAUCUUCUUGCAGAAUUGCAUUACGUCACUGCAGGGUUUAUUUUCUAAAAUGCAUCCAACAGCGUACACGGUCAGGUCAGUUCGCUCUGCUGUAUUACAAGGGGACUCCAGCUAUUACCCUGAUUUCAGCAGAUGAGAGCGUGAGAUUGCCACGUGAUUCUGGUCGCCAAUGUGCUCGUGCAGCACACCGAGCAUCAUGGCUGCGGAUGCUGCGGCUACUUGUUCUCCGGUCCGCAUCCUGCCGCCCCGUUUCCUGUCCCUUCUGCUGAUUCUUGUCACUUAUUUCCCCGCCACUGCUCUCGGACUGCUCGGUGUCCGCCCAGAGGAGACGGGAGGAGAGCUGUCCGUGGAGGACGGGGUGCUGAAGGCCACCGAAGGGACGCGGUUUAUGCUGCGUGUGUACUAUGCAGCAUCUCAGCCCAGGAUCAACAGAACUGUGAGCGGCAGAACCAACGCGGCCACAGCACCGUGGAUCGCUUUCAUUGAGGAGCCCAGUCCGGGAAGAGAGGGGCAGGUCCACCCGAAACGAAACUUGUGCAUGGACAAGAACGCCAGGACUUCCGAUAUUGAACUACUGGGCUCCUUCAAAUCCGCCUCCAGCCAAAACUCGGUCUUAGUGGAACUUCUCGCCAAGGACCUUCGCAGAGGUGAGAAAAUCAAAUAUUAUUCUAUGUGUGCCUUUGAUGGGGCAAAGUGGGAGCACUUUAGAACUAGAGAUUUCUGGCUUGCUGUGGUAGAGCGAUCCCCGGAACCUGACCUUUGGCUGCAAGUGCUUAUUUCGGUGGUGCUGCUGGGGCUUUCGGCGUUGUUCAGUGGGCUCAACCUGAGUUUGCUCUCGCUCGAUCCAGUGGAGCUCCAGGUGCUACAGAACAGCGGCACUGACAAGGAGCAGAAGUACGCGCGCAGGAUCGAAUCCGUCCGUAAACACGGAAACUAUGUACUUUGCACCUUGCUGCUGGGUAAUGCGCUCAUCAAUGCUUGCUUAGCGGUCUGGAUGUGUCAGAUUCUUGGCAUGACUUGGCUUUCCACUGCAAUCUGCACUUUCUGCAUAUUCUUCAUAGGGGAAAUCCUACCGCACUCUGUGGCGUCCAGGCACGGGCUAGCAAUCGCCUCCAAAACCAUCUGGGUGACUAGGCUUUUGAUGGUAUUAUCGUUCCCCAUCUCAUACCCCAUCAGCAAGCUGCUAGACACAAUUCUUCACCAAGAAAUCAGUAACUUUUACACCCGGGAGAAAUUACUGGAGAUGCUGCGAGUAACCGACCCAUACCACGACCUGGUGAAAGAGGAGCUCAACAUCAUACAGGGAGCUUUAGAACUUAGGACCAAGACCGUGGAAGACGUGCUAACCCCUCUGAACGACUGCUUCAUGCUGGCCUCCGACGCUGUAUUGGAUUUUAACACCAUGUCCGAAAUUAUGCAGAGCGGGUACACCCGAAUCCCCGUGUUCGAGAACGAGAGGUCCAACAUCGUGGAUAUCCUGUUCGUCAAAGAUUUGGCCUUUGUCGACCCCGACGAUUGCACCCCUCUAAAAACCAUCACACAGUUCUACAAACACCCCAUGCACUGCGUUUUCAACGACACCAAAUUAGAUGCCAUGCUUGAAGAAUUCAAAAAAGGUAAAUCUCACCUGGCCAUCGUUCAGAGGGUGAACAACGAGGGCGAGGGCGACCCCUUCUACGAGGUCAUGGGCAUCGUCACUCUGGAGGACGUCAUCGAGGAGAUCAUCAAGUCCGAGAUCCUGGACGAGACCGACCUGUACACGGACAACCGCACCAAGAGGAGGGUGUCGCACCACGAGAGGAAGCAGCAGGACUUCUCCAUCUUUAAGCUGUCGGAGAACGAGAUGAAGGUGAAGAUCUCACCUCAGCUGCUCCUCGCCACUCACCGCUUCCUGUCCACAGAGGUGGAGCCUUUCAAGCCUGCCCACCUGUCUGAGAAGAUCCUGCUGAGGCUGCUGAAGCACCCCAGCGUGGUGCAGGACCUCAAGUUCGACGAGAAGAACAAGCGGGCGGCGCAGCAUUUCCUGUUCGUACGCAACAAGCCGGUGGAUUACUUUGUCCUGGUGCUUCAGGGCCGCGUGGAGGUGGAGUUCGGGAAGGAGGCCCUGCGGUUCGAGAACGGGGCGUUUGCUUACUACGGCGUCCCCGCCAUCAUGCCCUCCCUCUCCUCAGUCAACAGAUCCCCCUCCCGCAGCAGUGGACUCAACCGCUCCGACUCCAUGCUCUACGGGGGGAGCAUGAGCCAGCUGAACGCCACUAACAGUGCCUACCUGCCUGAUUACUCCGUUCGCCAGCUUACCGACCUGCAGAUCAUCAAGAUCACCCGGAGUCACUACCAGAACGCCCUGACGGCCACCAGGAUGGACAGCUCCCCGCAGACACCCGACGCCGACGCCCAGAUUAACGAGGACAGCACCCCGGACCCGGAGGCGCCCGCGCCCGAGGGCCACACCCCCCUCCCGCAGAGGGAGCCCCGCCCCAGCUCCGCCCGCUCCCGCCCCCAGCAGUCCAGUGUUCCGCACAGCACCACGGUCCUCAACGAGAAGAACCGCAUCGUCCGCAGCAAGUCAGACGGGCAGAAAAGCCCCAGUGACUCGGUGUUUCUGCGAAUGGAUGAGAUCCCGUACAUCCGAGAAGAUCGGCCCGAAGGUGAAGGAGAAAAUGACACCAUUGCUGUUCCCAUGGAGACGGAAGCUCCCUCCCCCUUCAUCAGCACUCUGUCCUUGAGUGGAUCGGAGGAGACGCUAGGAAAGAAGCUGCUCCUCAAACUGAGCCAUAAGAAGAGGAAAAGAUCACGGGAUGGGGAAAGGACUCCAGAUGACAACUCAGAACAGCCUCUGGUGAAGACCUAGCAGGACGUCCUGUGGGUGGAAAGGGGGGGGGAGGGAGGGGGGGGGGUGUGGAAGAAUAGAUUUUUUUUACAUAGAAUAAUAUCAACAAGACUUUCUUAGAGGCUCCAGUUGCUGGUUGACUGCUGGCAUAAAAAGUAUGAAAGAAAUAAAUUAUAUAUAUUCACAUACAUAUAAAUACUACAUAUAUAUAUAUAGAUACACACACAGAGACAGGUGACAAAUUAAAGGGAAAACCUGAAU